AGGCGGGGCCUCGGCUGGGCCCUGUGCCCGCUGGGGUCUCCGUGGGGACGCUGUACUCCGGCUCCCGCCGGAGGAGGCGGCUCCGGAGGGGCGGGCGGGCUCCACCCACCCCUGCCGCGCGCCCGCUCCUCCCAAUUCGCCGAGCCCGGGUGGGAGCUCGAGGCGGCGGCGGGUCUCCUCCCCUCUGGGCCUCUUUGCGCGGGGCCAGCUCGUGCAGGGAGCGGCGGCGGCGGCGGCGGCGGCGGCGGAUCGCUCGGAGGGCGGCGGUCUGGGCCCGCCGAGCCAUGGCGGCCCCGGAGCCGGCGCCCAGGCGGGGCCGGGAACGGGAGCGGGAGGACGAGAGCGAGGACGAGAGCGACAUUCUGGAGGAGAGCCCGUGCGGCCGCUGGCAGAAGCGGCGGGAGCAGGUGAAUCAGGGGAACAUGCCGGGGGUCCAGAGCACCUUCCUGGCCAUGGACACGGAGGAGGGCGUGGAGGUGGUAUGGAACGAAUUGCACUUCAGCGACAGGAAGGCCUUCUCCGCCCACGAGGAGAAGAUCCAGACCAUGUUUGAGCAGCUGGCACUGCUUGACCACCCCAACAUCGUCAAGCUGCACAAGUACUGGCUGGAUGCCUCCGAGGCCCGCGCGCGGGUCGUCUUCAUCACAGAGUACGUGUCGUCGGGCAGCCUCAAGCAGUUCCUCAAAAAGACCAAGAAGAACCACAAGGCCAUGAACGCCCGGGCCUGGAAGCGGUGGUGCACGCAGAUCCUGUCGGCGCUCAGCUUUCUGCACGCCUGCAACCCCCCCAUCAUCCACGGGAACCUGACCAGUGACACCAUCUUCAUACAGCACAACGGCCUCAUCAAGAUUGGCUCCGUGUGGCACCGCAUCUUCUCCAAUGCGCUCCCGGUGGACCUCCGAAGCCCCAUCCGCGCCGAGCGGGAGGAACCGCGGAACCUGCACUUCUUCCCGCCAGAGUAUAGCGAGGUCGCCAAUGGCACUGCUGUGGAUAUCUUCUCCUUUGGGAUGUGUGCGCUGGAGAUGGCUGUGCUGGAGAUCCAGGCCAAUGGAGACACCAGGGUGACCGAGGAGGCCAUUGCUCGUGCCAGGCACUCGCUGAGCGACCCCAACAUGCGGGAGUUCAUCCUCUGCUGCCUGGCCCGCGACCCUGCCCGCCGGCCCUCUGCCCACAGCCUUCUCUUCCACCGCGUGCUGUUCGAGGUGCACUCGCUGAAGCUCCUGGCAGCUCACUGUUUCAUCCAGCACCAGUAUCUCAUGCCUGAGAACGUGGUGGAGGAGAAGACCAAAUCGAUGGACCUGCACGCUGUCCUGGCCGAGAUCCCCCGGCCCUCCCGGCCCCCGCUGCAGUGGCGGUAUUCAGAGGUCUCCUGCUUGGAGCUGGACAAAUUCCUGGAGGACGUCAGAAACGGGAUCUACCCCCUAAUGAACUUUGCUGCUGCUCGGCCCCUGGGGCUGCCCCGCGCACUGGCCCCACCCCCAGAGGAGGCCCAGAAGGCGAAGACCCCAACCCCAGAACCCUUUGACUCGGAGACCAGAAAGGUGAUCCAGAUGCAGUGUAACCUGGAGAGAAGUGAGGACAAGGCGCGCUGGCAUCUCACUCUGCUGCUGGUACUGGAGGACCGGCUGCACCGGCAGCUCACUUAUGACCUCCUCCCAACCGACAGUGCCCAGGACCUUGCUGCUGAGCUCGUGCACUACGGCUUUGUCCACGAGGAUGACCGGCCGAAGCUGGCCGCCUUCCUGGAGAGCACCUUCCUCAAGUACCAUGGAGCUCAGCCCUGAUGCACACCGGGCCUCCCACGUGGGCAGCUCGGGGCCAAGAGUUGGGGACGGGGGCUGCCUUCUGCCUGUGAGCCAGGGGUGGGGACCAAACACCUGCUAGAGAGGAACCUCUGCCUUGCAUAGCUGUCAAGAGGCCCUGGGCUGGGGGUGGGGUGAGGGCUGUGGGGUUGGGCCCACAGGGGAGCCCUUCAGCCGGUUGGGGAGCGUUGGGGAGCGUUGGGGGCUCCUUAGGACCAGGCUACCUCGCCCAGCUGCUUCCACAACUCACCAUUCCUUCCCAUGUCCUCCUUGCCCUAGCCAACUUCCCACCCCACCCCAAGCUGUCUGGUUGGGGACUGAGACCUGUGCGUGGGGGAGGCCGCCCUGUGGGAAGCCACGGUUGGGGGGGACUUGGCCCUGGACAGAUAGAUGUCUGCCCCAUCCCGGGUCGGCACCACAGAGCCACACAAGGACCCCCACCUCAAGCCAGUGAAAGCACCUGCAGGCGUGAGGCAUGGUGCUGGGCGCCUGGCAGGGCCCUGACCUGGUGGGAGACGCAGACAGCAGACGCCCCAAGAAGCCCGUUCCCAACACCACGUGGUUCUUGCAUGCCUGCCCAACGUCCAGCGCAGACCCGCCUGGAGCCCCUCUGAGGCUGGCAUCCGCCACCCCCUCUCCAGGCACUUCUGGCCCCUGCAGCCCCCUGCAGAGGGCUCUUACCUCUCUGGCAUUCCCUGGCCUAGAGGGGUGAGGGUCAGGCGUCCUCCCUGCUCCUCACGGUGCCUCCUCUCAAGCUCACCACCCCGUUAUCUCCCUCUCCUCCUCCCGGGGCAGCUGCCGCCCUGGGUCUCAGCUCCCCGUCUCUCCCACUCAAAUCCUGUCCACCCCCAUUGCACUGGCCUGGUUCUCUUGGACCACCUCCCCUCCAUUUUCAAAUUUAAAUAGUCUUAAACGCUUUAAAUUGCAUGUAUAAAUGUAGUGCAUUCAGGGUUCUUUUUAAGCAUUUCAAAUGCCAACUGAGAAAGCACACCACUGUGUUAUUAGUUCUCUGUUGCUGCCCUAAGAAUUUACCAUAAACUUAGUGGCUUAAACAACAAAAGUUAUUACAGCUCUGUAGGUCAGAAGUCUGGCCUAGCCGGCUGCCCUCCUUCCUGGAGGUCCUAGGGGAGGAUCCAUCUCCUACUCCUUCGGGGUGGGUAUUGGCUUGCAGUGUCAGAUGUCGCCCCGCAGGUGUCGAGCAGAGAUUCAUUUCCUUGCAGUGGCAGGGCCGAGCUCCUCAUUUUCUUGCCUGCUGUAAACUGAAGGCCCUUCCCAGCUUCUAGCUGUGGCCGCAUUCCUCAGCUCAGCCCCAGGCCCCAUCCUCAAUCUGCAAAGUCAGCGACAGCGGGUGCAGUCUGUCCUGAACCAUCUGUCUGGUUUUCUGCAGCCAGAAAAACUUCAUGUGGUGAGACUGAGUCCACCUGGGUAAUCCAGGACAGCCUCCCCGUCUCAGAGGCCUUUUGCCAUGUACAGGAUACUCCCAGGUUCCAGGCUUGGGGUAUGGACCUCUCCAGGGGUCAUUGUCAUCCCACCUACCACACUAUAUCACCCUAACCAAAACCCAAGACAAAACCAACUUAGCCAGGCCUAGCAAAUAAGUUAAAUGUACAAAUAGAGUGACUCUCAAGUUAUCUUAAACAUUCCAAUACUCUUUAUGAAAUGACUCCAAUUCUCACACCUUUCAACCUAAAAAUACAAAUCGGAACUAACUUACAUCCCUGGCUGGAAAUCCUGAUGCUGAGCUGUCUGGUUUUACACAGUCCCAAACUGAGUGUCAAAGGCAUAACAGAUUGUACCAGCGAUUAGACUGAACUCAGAGCUAUCUGUCUGUACUGCCAUUGCUUCAUUUAAUCCAGACUAUGCUGAGGUUUUCAUUUUAACUUUUCUCUUGUCAAAGUCAUAUACAUAUCACUUUUAGAAGUGGAGUGGUUUUUUCAGGCCAACAAUAAACAAUAAAUGCAGCCUCCAACCGUGA